GAAAUCAGUUUAAUAACAAUAAUAAUAUUAACAGCUUUAUUCCAAACGGUAUUUGUGGUACAGGUAUGGAAUUUUCAGCAUGCAUUACAAUAUAUUGCAUCUAAUUACCUCAUAAAUUUUAUAAGACUUUUACAAUCAAAAAAGUAAAUAAAUAAAGGGAAAAAACCAAUGCCAAAAGAACAAAGAUAAGUAAAAAUUAUGAAAAAUACAGCUUAGAGUUCACAUUUCAAACAAUGCACCACAGGAUAUGAAAUAUAAAGUUGAUGAUUCAAAGUUAUUCAAAGAUUAUUAUGAAGGUUGUAUACGCAUUGCAUUUUCAUCGAAUGAUGAUCAAUUAUUGUAUAGUGCAGGAUUACCAGAUUUAAAUUUGCCUGUGUGGUAUAUACUGUCGACAUCAGGUCAACAGAAACAACAACAACAACAAAAACCUGUCACAUGUUUAUCACCAGUGGAUGAACAACACGGUUAUCUAAGUAUUGAUGUCGCUUCAAGAACGCAUAUUCUUGCAACUGGUUUAGUAAAUGGUGAAGUAUGGUUAUAUAAUGUACAGAAUAUGUCUACACCAAUUCAUUGUAUCUCUAUUGGAUCAGGUAAUCAUUCUAUUCGUCUACUUUCAUUCUCAUCCACUUUACGAGCUGAUCUAAAUGACGUAGGCUUUAUUAAUAAUAAUAAUAAUAAUACAUUAUGCAAUUUAUCAACUUCUCAAAUAACCAAUAAAAAUUCUUACAGUACAUCAAUGAAUAGUACUCACCUAACAUGUAGUAAUAGCCAAAUUCGUCAACCUUUAAGCGAAUUAACUAAUACAAUACAACAAAAACAACGGGAAAAACAGAACAGUCUAAAUCACUAACAAGAUGGUCAGUAAUGCCGCCUGUUCUCGUGUUGUUCAUCCACUGGUGAUAAACAUGUGACAGGUUUUUGUUGUUGUUGUUGUUUCUGUUGACCUGAUGUCGACAGUAUAUACCACACAGGCAAAUUUAAAUCUGGUAAUCCUGCACUAUACAAUAAUUGAUCAUCAUUCGAUGAAAAUGCAAUGCGUAUACAACCUUCAUAAUAAUCUUUGAAUAACUUUGAAUCAUCAACUUUAUAUUUCAUAUCCUGUGGUGCAUUGUUUGAAAUGUGAACUCUAAGCUGUAUUUUUCAUAAUUUUUACUUAUCUUUGUUCUUUUGGCAUUGGUUUUUUCCCUUUAUUUAUUUACUUUUUUGAUUGUAAAAGUCUUAUAAAAUUUAUGAGGUAAUUAGAUGCAAUAUAUUGUAAUGCAUGCUGAAAAUUCCAUACCUGU